ACGGCGGGCACCGUUAGCGGCGCGCGGCGCGGCGCGCUGCAGGCACUGUGUGGCCUGGCACCAUGACGAGCGGGCAGCAGGAGGCGGGCGGCGCAGCAGACGGCCAGCAGCAGCAGCAGCAGGAGUUGACCCCCGCCCUGAGGCAGCUGCUGGAGCGCACCAACUACCCGCUGGUGCAGGAGAGCGGCCACCGGCGGUACGGGCCGCCGCCGGGCUGGGAGGGGCCACCGCCCCCAAAGGGCUGCGAGGUGUUCGUGGGCAAGAUCCCGCGCGACAUGUUCGAGGACGAGCUGGUGCCCGUGAUGGAGCGCGCAGGGCGCCUCUACGAGGUGCGCCUCAUGGUGGACCAGGCGGCGGCAAACCGCGGCUACGGCUUCGUGCAGUACUGCUCGCUGCCCGAGGCCGAGGCGGCGCUGCGGCUGCUCAAGGACGUGGAGGUGCGGCCCAAGCGGUACCUGGGCGUGUCGCGCAGCGUGGACAACAACCGCCUCUUCGUGGGCGGCAUCCCCAAGACACGCGCGCGCGAGGAGGUGCUGGACGAGAUGCGCCGCGUCACCGAGGGCGUGGUCAAGGUCAUCCUCUACCCCUGCGUCAACGACCGCACCAAGAACCGCGGCUACGCCUUCGUCGAGUACACCAGCCACAAGGCGGCCGCCAUGGCGCGCCGCAAGCUGUUCUCCGGCCGCCUGCUGCUGUGGGGCUCCGCCGAGGUCAAGGUGGACUGGGCCGAGCCCGAGCACUCCGUCGACAGCGAGACCAUGGCCAAGGUCCGCGUGCUCUACAUAAGGAACCUGGCUCUGCGCACCACGGAGGAGGACAUCAGGAGCAUGUGUGAGGACAUUGCGAGCGGGGUGGACCGCGUAAAGAAGCAGAAGGACUACGCGUUCGUGCACUUCAACUCCAGGGAGAAGGCUGAGAGUGUGAAGGCGGCGCUGGACGGGCGAGUGGUGGACGGCUGCGAGCUUGAGGUGAACUGGGCCAAGCCGGUGAAGAACAGGGAGGAGUACCAGCAAAAGAAGGCGUUGGGAAGACACAUGAUUAGCGCGGCGCCCGGCUCGACCAACCCAGCCUACCUGCCGCACCUCACGCUGACGGGCGAGCCCAUGAUGGUGUUGCCGCAGGUGAGGAAGGCGGCCGGAACACACGGGCUGCAACACCACGCAACACACCCCACACAGACCUUGCCCACGCACACACAGCACAUUGAGACGACUCUUCUCGGCAUGCACCACCAGCCCUUCAUCUCCUCGGAGACUGCGCACCACCACCUCAAGGCGCCCACCGAGCUUGUGUUGACAGGCUACCCCAGCAUGGCAGCCCCCCUGGUGACGGAGAAGAUGGCACAGAGCACUGACGACCAGCGAGGCACCCUCCAGAAUGGCUCCCCGGUGCAGCGUGUGGUGACCAACGGCCAGCUCCUCCGUGGCACCCCCAUGGCACCCCCCGCCGCCCCCCAGUACAUCAUGGCACCCUCUCCCCAGUACUUCAUGCCCACUCCCCAGGCCCUGGCGGCGGCUGGGCACCACCCCCAGGCCAUCCCCGUCACCUCCCAGCCCUGCAUCUACCCAGCGGCCCCGACCAUGGUGACGGGCUACGAGGGUCUUCAGCCGUACCUCCACGCCGCUAUCUACCAGCAAGCCCUCCUCACCCAGCCCACCAUGGCCACGCUGGACCGGCCCGCCCACCAGCGCUACGCCACAGGGGAGUAGAGGGACACAGGGGGCACACAGGGCCUUACUUGGUGAUAUAGGGGCACACCAGGGCAUACUGAGGUGUUUCACUGCUCAAGGUAUCACACUGUCAUUCAGAUCACCCUAUGGCAUAUCAGGGCAUUUCAGAGCAUACUAGAAAAGGUAAUGGCAUUUUAAGGUGUAAAGUGUCCUACCGAAUUACCCCAAGUGAAAACAAUUGCUCCAUUUCAAGGCUGUCUAGAAAUGGAUGUUAUUUGGGAAG